GAACACACCACCAUUCAUCCCAUAUCUUCCUUCCUAAGAACAAACCAACAAACCCCUCUCAUCUCAUUUCAAAACAUUUUCUAAAACAAACAAUGUUACUCCAAACAUGUCCAUAUUCCACAACAAGACUCAUCCCACUAACACCAUCCUUGAAUUUCAUCUCUCAAUCUCGUCAAAAUGUCAUCAAAUCCAUGGCUAAACAAACCACCAAUGAACCAGAACCACUUUCCACCCCCAACAAACUGGCUAUAGCCGGUGGCCUAAUCUCCAACCCUGUGAUCGGAUGGUCACUUUACACUCUCAAAACAACCGGAUGUGGCCUUCCACCUGGUCCUGGUGGGUCCAUUGGGGCAUUGGAAGGUGUCAGUUACUUGGUGGUUGUUGGAAUUGUGGGUUGGUCUUUGUAUACUAAGUCCAAAACUGGGUCUGGAUUGCCUAAUGGACCAUUUGGGUUGUUGGGUGCUGUUGAAGGGUUGUCGUAUUUGUCGUUGGUUGCGAUUUUGGUCGUUUUCGGGUUGCAGUUUUAUCAGCAGGGUUUUAUCCCUGGCCCGGUUCCUGUUCCUGGUGACCAAUGCUUUGGUUAAUAUCAUGUAUUAUAUGUAAUAAUUAUAAUGUUGUCUACUCUAUCCACUGUAACAUGUACUCAUUUCAUUUCAAAUACAUUAUGCAUAUACUCAAUUUGAGGUAAA